AUGGAGCUCCAGUACCUAGAGAACGAGAACAUUCCAACCGAAAUGCCGCGUGACUAUACGUACAACACGGUCGAGUCUUGCGUGAUGGAUAUCUUACGAGUCCACGACAACCGUUUACGAAAUCAACCUAAUGCUGCCAAUAAUGUAGGCGAUUGCAUUUAUCAGAUAUCAGCACUGACGGCAAUGCGAACUCUAAUUCCACUGUUUUUCCGUCGAAAUUUGUGUCGUGGGCCUUUUGUUCUCACACUUACAGAUCUCAACCAAAACAACAUUUUUGUUGAUGACAAGUGGCAUAUUACUUGUCUGGUCGAUCUGGAAUGGGCCUGUUCCCGCCCUAUUGAAAUGGUCGAACCUCCUUACUGGUUGACUAAUCAAGAUGUUAGCCAUAUCGAAAUUGAUCAAUUUGAUGUAGUUCGCAAGGAAAUGAUGUCUGUCCUGAAGGACGAGGAGAAAAAAACGUCCAGCAGCAUCCUGCCAACGGAAGUUGGUAGGACACCACUACUACUAUCAGAGGUCAUGGAACAAGCUUGGAAAACUGGGACAUUUUGGUAUUCUCUGGCACUCUCUAGUCCAACGGGCUUGUUCCAUCUGUUUUAUUCGCAUAUACAACCCUUGAUGUCUACGGAUUACUCGAAUGAAUUUCGUCAAACCAUGCCCUUCUACUGGAGAAAGGACGUGGCAAAAUUCGUGCUGGGAAAGCUUGUUGAUAAGAAGAAAUAUGACAUUGAGCUUCAACAAGCUUUUGCUACAAGAAGCUUCCAAAGAUACCCAGCUUACUAA